AUGCCACCUAGGCGUGGCACCCAAGGUCGCGGCACCCAUGAGGUCCCGAUCCAUCCUGUUCCUCCAGUCGAGCCUGUAGUGUCAGCUCCUUUAGUAGCUCCAGUUCCUCCACCGAUCCCCCCUCCUCAGUCUACUAUUCUAGUUACUGAGGCUCCUACCCCGUCGGCCGCACCCGUGCCUCCACCUGAGGCGAGUGCUGCCCCUGCUUUUCCGACAGUACCUAUAGGAGUCGAGCAUUUUCACCAGCUGAUGCAGCUUGUUGCCACUGUGUUGCAAACCCGUCAGCCUGCUACCGCUGAGGUUUCUGUGCAUUCUGACCUACCGCGUGCUAGUGCGAUAGCUCGAGAGUUCCGGCAGCAUGAUCCCUCGAGGUUUAGUGGUGAUCCUGACCCUUCUGCUGUCGAGGCUUGGUGCACUGAGGUUGUGAAGAUUUUUGACACUAUUCAAUAUCCUGCGGAUCAGAGACCAUGUGGUAGGGCAUUAUUUAGAGACAUUCGACCAGGUCUUUCAUCGGGCACUAGUUUAUGA